UUGUUCUACUGUCUGUGUUUUUUAUUUUCAGAGACGGAAGUUUAUUUUAUUUUUCUGAUUCAUUGCGAUUUGUGUAUGUAGAAGUUUAGAAUAAAAUUAGGAUUAUUAUAAUUCGGUUUUAAAUCAGAGUGAAAUUUGAAAUGUAGUGCCUUAUUGGAAAGUGAUUGUGUGUUAGGCGGUGUGUUUCUAUCGUUCAUAGGGCGAAGAUGAUCUCAUUGACGUGCUGACAUUAGUUUCGUUACGUUCUUUUCGGCGAGAGUUCUUGAUCGUUUUAUUGUUAUUGACCGAGUCCAAUGACCUUGUAACGUUAAAUAAUUUAAUAGAAACUUAUUUGACAAAAUGAAGAAGCAGUUCUACAAGGUGAAACAACUCGCCGACCAAACCUUCUCGAGGUCGGGGAAGGGCGAAGGACUCACAGACGAGCUCCAAACUGCAGACAAAAAAGUGGAACACCUACGCAAUGCCUUACAACUAGUCAGCAAGAGAUUAGCCACUGGCGCUGGCAACACACAAGGUCAGGACCCUGCAGCGAGGGAGAAAAGAUUAAAGAAACUGCCAGAAUAUCUCCUGGGGCUAUCUAUGUGUGAAGCUAGUAAUUUUGAUGAUGAUGAUAGUAUUUUAAAAUACAUUUUGCAUGAAUGUGGAAAAACCGAAAAGUUCCUUGCGAAUGAGAUAGCUGAGCAUGAACUGAAAGUGGAACAGCUUGUGUGUGCUCCGCUAGCUGCAAUAAGUGAUCAUGACCUUCCAGCUAUAAAGAAAGCGAAACAACAUCUAAGUAGACUGAUCAGUGAAAAAGAAUCUGCACUCAGUAGAUUUAAUAAUCUAGAGCGUCAAAAAGACGAAUACCCGGCGAAGUACAGCGCGGCGAAGGAGGAGCUGGAGGAGGCGGGCAACAGGGUGGAGGCGGCGCGCGACGCGCUCGCGGCGGACAUGUACGCGCUGGUCGCCAAGGAGGCGCAGCUGGCGCACACGCUGCUGCAGUACGUGAAGCUGCAGCGCGCCUACCACGAGUCCGCGCUGCACUCGCUGCAGGACACGGUGCCCGAGCUGGAGAGGUUCAUUAACGACAGCUCGGUGAAGCCCGUGUUCGGCUACCCGUUGGAGGAGCACCUUCGCGUCACGGCGCGCACCAUCGCCUUCCCCGUGGAGCUGUGCGUGUGCACGCUGCACGAGCUGGCGCUCAACGAGGAGGGACUCUUCAGGAUCGCUGGCGGUACCUCGAAAGUGCGCCGGAUGAAGCUGUCCCUAGACGCAGGCCUGUUCAGCGUCCCGCUGCCCACCGACUACCGGGACAUGCACGUGGUGGCGUCCGUGCUCAAGUCCUACCUGCGCGAGCUGCCCGAGCCGCUGCUCACCUUCCGCCUCUACGAGAACUUCAUCCUGGCGUCCAAGCAGCCGUCGGAGCAAACGCGACUCAACGCCCUCUGGGAAGCCAUCCACCUCCUGCCCGACGCGAACUUCCAAAAUCUUAGGUACCUCAUCAAAUUUUUGUCUGCCUUGACGCAAAAUCAAAGCACAAACAAAAUGACCCCCUCCAACUUGGCCAUCGUCAUCGCGCCCAACCUGCUGUGGGCGGCCGACGAGAGCACCUUCGACAUGAACAUCACCACCGCCGUCAACUGCGGCGUGGAGCUGCUCAUCAAGCACGCCGACUGGUUCUUCAAGGACGACGUCAACUUCUUCAUCUCGUUCACCAAAGAGGACCUGCUGCCGGACCAGAACGACUACGGGUUCAUCCCGACCUUCGUCCAGGGCUACAACCAGACGGCGGCGCUCAGCCAGGAGGCGAACGGCGACUACAGCAGCAUGAGCAAGUCCAUGUUCAGCUACAACCACCAGCCCGCGCUGCGGCCGGCCGACCCGCCCGGCAGACAUUCCCGGAGCAACAGCCACGACACCAGCCUCAUACUGUUAGACAACGACAUCAAGAAAGCCCAAUCCAACAGCUCCCUGUCCGACCAAUCUAGUCCUCCCCACGGCAGUCCCAAACCGGUCACGCGGAGAAAGAACAAGGCGCCCGUGCCGCCUAACAUCACGCCCGACAAGAACAAAAAGGAAGCUCAAAUUCAAGUCACAGAACCCCCCCGAGAACAACAGAUUUCUUCAAAAGAGCCGGAAAAGCCGGCGAAGCCCCCUCGGCCAGUUAUGUCCGAAACCGGGAAAAUCAUAUCCGGCGUACAGACCAUCAACCGAUCGACGUACAACCAGCGGAAAGCGAUCAAAGAAGAGGCCAGAAGUGGCAGUCGCGAGAACCUCUCAGACAUACGCAGACAGAGUUUAGAGUUCGAAAAGGAUAAGUUCGACAGCCUGAGGGCGAUGGAGAACAGGAUGGAACAGACGCUGAUAGUCAAAAACGUGACCGCUCAAAGCGGAAUCGUGGGUAGAAUUAAGAUAGUGGGCGAUAGUACUAGCGGGCCGGCGUCGUUAGGCGCGGAGAAGUCCGACAGAUGUGUACGACAGGUGUCAAAGCCGGUGAGCAAUCCGCCGCCGCGGCCGAUCGCCGCGCCGCGUACCAUCCUGCCGACAUCUGAAGACACCGAGGUGCAGCUCCGCAACAAACCGGCCGUACCGGAACGCCCCGCAACACUGCGCCCGCAAAGCUUUAGGGGACAACGCAGCUCGCUGACUGACGCCUCAGACAUCGCUCCGACAGUUCUCGAACGCACCCAUAUAUACACUGUGGAUAAACAGCACCCUACAGUCAUCCAAGUGGGUGCGUCCGAUGAGGAUACAACUCGGGGUACAGUGCAGCGGACGCAUAGCUCGGGCGGCAAAGACGCAGAGCUCGAUGAACCCAAAAGCCUUACUAAUGCGAGCAGGCAGUUGUCGCAGUCUGAAGGCAACAUCACAGAGGGACCGAAGUCCCCCCGCCCGCAGCCCGCGCGCCCCCCGCGCCCGCUGGUGCCCGCGCCGCCGCCCCCCGUCGCGCCCGCGUCCGAGAGCACCGACCUCUAGUCCAAACCGCCUUUUAGUAUUACAGUAGGCCUAGCGUGCAACCAACGACAUGUCUCCUGAUAAAAAAAAACAGACAAAAUGUCGAAAUGGCAGCGGAGUUAUCCCAUUAUUCAUCUCUUUCGACUGCAAUGCAAUGAAUGAGAUAGCGGUACUUCCGGUUGCGGUUGUCUAUUUCUCAAGUUAUGUCGUUGGUCGCAUGUUAGCUGUACAGGAGUCCGAAGUACUGAUUCUCGCGUCCACUGCUCACUGUGAAGUGUUUUCACGUUAUUCGAUACGUAAGGCUAGCUCACAUAAUAUUCAUUAUGAGAGCUACAGACCUUCAGUUUUAACUGUACAGUUUUAUGUAAUCCAAAUUACAGUCUUUAAUGUUGUCUACACACAGACAUAUUAACUGUACAGUUUGUACAGUUAAAACUAAAGGUCUGUAGCAUCAGUAUAUGGUCCUGAAUGCACACUAUUUUUUAUCAUAUUAUUGAGUUCCGGGAACUUGAAAUAUUUUACCGCAUGUAUUUUGAGAGACGAAUUUUUCUCUCUCCCUCCCUCUCAGAAUUUUUAUUAUUUUAUGAACAGAUUUCUGUAUCAGUCAACUAAAUUAUUAAUUAAAAAAUAUCAUCUUAUGAUGUCGAUAUCUUGACUAACGAAAGCUUUUCUACAUAAUACAGGAAUUAGUAGUAUGUCGUAUAAUGUGAAAACACACGGAAGCAUUUUCCGUCGGCGCGGUAUUGGAAGCAAUUCCUCUAAUGCCAGCCACAUGCCAUCCGAUAAACCCAUACCUGCAGCGCUAACGGCUUGACGUCUGAUAAAACUGAUCGUGUGUUGGUCGCGAUCUGCAUGAUGUCAUCGGCCUGGAGCAGCCGACACACAAGCCGCGUGCAUUGUUUGUUUUCUUCUGUGUGCCUAGUGGGAGUUUUCAAUAUUUUCAUACUGUAACUAUCGCGUCGACGUAAACGCGUAUUUAUAUGGAAUUGAAACAGUUGUGCAGUAGUGCCACUAGAUGGCGCUGUUUCAAUUCCUUAGAAAUUCGUGUUUACGCUAACGCGAUAGUAACAGUAUCAAACUGUCACUAGGCCCUCUGUUGUCAUAACAUACUUUAUGACUGACUUGUAAUUGUAUCUAACUAGCAAUUUUACAUUGACGAAUGGUUUGAAAACUUCAAACAAAAGUGUUGUGUUACGGAAUUUAUCGAAUUCCUAUUGGUAUUUUACUUUGAAAUUCGUUAUAAAUGUAGUAACCGUAACCGAAAUUAUCCGAAACUACCGGAUAAUUUCGUAUCCGUAUCCGUAUCUGGUAUAAUAAUCAUUCCUACCCAUAUUCAAUCCGUAUCCGUAAUUUCAUAUCCAUAACAUUCCUAAUGCACAUCAGUUCAUCACAGUCAUCAUCAAUUAGUUUUACUGGACGUCAAAUCGUUAGCGCUGCAGGCAUGUGAGUUUAUCGGAAGGUGAGUGGCUAGCGUUACGAUUCGCUCGCUCGGACGCUUAGGGACGGAGCAAGACUGAUGCCCUCUAUGUAAUGUACGCUAGAUACUAAAUAGAUCGCUUCCGAACUUUUACAUAACGCGAGUACAUUAGUAUUGUACAAUUUGUUUUAUUUUACUUUGCAGAUGACAUAUUUAUUUUUUUGUACUAUUGAUCACAUUUAUUAAUAUUAUUGUAUAGUAAUUUUAAAUUAACGCUAAUCAAUGUUUACAUUCGUCGAGUGCUAUUUUUUCUUUGUCUAAUCAAUAUCAUUAUUCCUUAAGGACAUAUCAGAUUGAGUCAAUUUAGCUUUUUAUGCGAUCGAUUUAUAUAGUUCGUGCUUUAUAAUGUUUUUGUACAAUUUUAGAUGCAAUAUGUUGCAGUAAAUCCUUGUGAUAUUAGGAGAUUCGGGGCAGUGCACAAACGUAUAACUAGUAGCCAUAUUUUUUUAAUAUUUACGACUUAACACGUUCGCUGCGGUACGAGGUCAAUAUGGACCUCGUAACUCGUGUUAACAGUGCAUUAGCUGUAUCGGCCACGCUGUUGCAGUGAAUAUUGAACUAGGCUAACGUAUGUUAUGUAGUGUUUACGAUGUUUUAUGUGAUAUGCAUUUUAUUAAUUAUUAUACUGCAAGUAUACAAGCUUCUGUUGUAAGUAAUAAUAAAAUUAAAAACCAAAACAUU